AAAUCGGCAGCGGAAGAUCAAUUCCCGGCGGUGAAAUGCUGACGUCAUCAUUUGAUCUCGUCAAACGAAUGACAUUUCUCUACAUCCGAAUCGUUAAGGCUCGAGGUAUACCUUCUAAUGACUUAUUUGUUGAAGUCACAAUCGGUAGCUACAAAGGAAGAACCAAACGUAGCACAAACCCUAACCCUAAUCCGGAGUUUCACCAAGUUUUCGCCUUUAAUAGUGAUCGUCUUCAAGGAAAUUUCUUGGAAGUGGCCAUGAAGGUAAACGAAGAAGAGGUUAUUGGAAAGUGUAGAUUCGAAGUAGCUGAGAUUCCAACACGUGUCCCUCCGGAUAGUCCAUUGGCUCCACAAUGGUAUAGAUUAGAGGAUAGAAAUGGGAACAGAUUUGGAGGAGAGGUAAUGUUAUCUGUAUGGAUGGGGACACAAGCCGAUGAAGUUUUCCCUGAGGCUUGGCAUUCGGAUUCCGCUACGGUGACCGGAGAAAACGUGGUGAUUACGCGGUCUAAAGUGUAUCUAUCUCCGAGGUUAUGGUAUUUGCGAGUGAAUGUAAUUGAGGCUCAAGAUUUGGUUCCGUUGAAAGGAAACAGAAUGAAUCCGGAGGUUUUAGUAAAAGGGUUUGUAGGAAAUGUUGUUGUGAGGAGUCGGGUUUCGCAGACGUGGACUAUGAGUCCGGUUUGGAAUGAGGAUAUGAUGUUUGUUGCGGUUGAGCCGUUUGAAGACAGUUUGUUGCUUAGCUUGGAAGAUAAGGUAGGUCAAAAAGAAGAGUGUUUAGGUAGAUGUGAGAUAAAGUUGUCUCAGGUUGAGAGACGGGUAUUGCCCGGACCUGUACCGGCUCUAUGGUACAACCUUGAGCGCAUUGGGGACUCGGGAUUUGCAGGGAGGAUUCAUUUGCGGGUUUCAUUGGAUGGAGGAUAUCAUGUCCUUGAUGAGUCGAUUCAGUAUAGCAGUGAUUACAGAGCUUCUGCUAAGCUUUUAUGGACUCCAGCUAUUGGUGUGUUGGAGCUUGGAGUCAUCAGUGCAUCAGGUUUGAUGCCGAUGAAGUCCCGAGAUGGUCGAGGAACGACUGAUGCUUAUUGUGUGGCCAAAUAUGGGCAGAAAUGGGUGAGAACAAGGACAAUUGUUGAUAGUUUAAGCCCAAAAUGGAACGAGCAGUAUACUUGGGAGGUUUAUGAUCCUUAUACAGUAAUAACCGUUGCGGUUUUCGACAAUCUACAUUUAUUAUUACCCGGAAACACAAAUGGUGCAAAAGACUCGAGAAUUGGUAAAAUCAGGAUACGUUUGUCCACACUCGAAACCGAGAGGAUCUACACGCAUUCAUAUCCGCUCAUUGUUUUAAAACCAGACGGUGUGAAGAAAAUGGGAGAGAUUCAGCUCGCGAUUCGAUUCUCAUGUAUUUCGACUAUAGAUAUGCUUCAGAAAUACUCAGAACCGUUGCUACCUGAAAUGCAUUACCUAACUCCAUUGUCUAUCUACCAACUAGACAAUCUUAGGCAUCAAGCAACUCACAUACUCUGUUUGAAGCUAGGCCGGACUGAGCCACCUCUAGGAAGAGAUGUAGUUGAGUAUAUGCUCGAUUUCGGAUCCAACAUUUGGAGUUUACGAAGAGGAAGAGCGAAUUUCGAACGAAUUGUGAAUUUCUUCACCACGUUUAUUGAUUCUUGGAUUUGGUUUGAUUCCGUAUGCAAAUGGAAGAGCCCGGUAACAACGAUUCUCGUUCACUUAAUCUUCUUGUUCGUUAUUUUUCUCCCUAAGCACUGCGUUACCAGUCUACUUUUGUAUGGUUUCGUGAUCGGGUUCUAUCGAUAUCACUUGAGACCAAGACAUCCUCCUCACAUGGAUAUAAAACUGUCUAAAGCAGAUUCGGCUUUACCCGAUGAGCUAGACGAGGAAUUUGAUGGGUUUCCAAGCGCAAAAUCUCCGGAUUUGGUGAAGAAAAGGUAUGAUAGGUUAAGAGGAAUUGCAGGGAGGAUGAUGAUGGUUUUAGGUGAUUUGGCUACACAAGGAGAGAGAGUGAAGAAUUUGUUGAGUUGGAGAGAUCCUAGGGCAACGUUUUUGUUUUCAAUGUUUUGUUUAGUUGCUUGUGGAGUAAUCUUCUUAGUCUCCAUGAAACUGCUGAUGACUUUGCUUGCGUUCUACGUCAUGAGACACCCUAGACUUAGGGUUUUUGAUAUACCUUCGGUUCCACAAAACUUCUUUAGGAGAUUGCCUUCAAGAGCUGAUAGCAUGUUGUGAUUUUCUUUAAAUUUCACACAUUUUUUUUUCUUCAUUUUAUAAUCUUAAUAAUAAUAUACCAGUUUCUUAGAA